GAGACACAAGUAAAGAUUUUGAAGACCCCACUCACUGAUCACUAUCUUCUCUCCUUACAACCAUUUUCUCUUCACUUUCUUGUUCCCUGUGCUGCACAGACAGGAUCGAAGGAAUGGUCUCUUUUGUUUCAACACUUCCCUCUUUGGUUUCGCUGAUUCCUUCACCAUCUUCCAUUACCAAUGCCUCAAAAUACCCUCCUCAACCUGGUAUGAUUUGUUGUAAGUUUGGACCAGAUCUUAAUAAUGAGGAUCGCUUCCGUAGACGUGAUAUUCUUCAAUCCGUAGGAGCAGCAGUAGGCAUGGACUUGAUAGCAAGAUCCAGCGCAUUCAUUGAAGUUGCUAAUGCUGCUGAUUUGAUACAACGCAGACAACGGUCAGAAUUUCAAUCAAAGGUCAAAGUGACUCUUUUUGAUGCUAUGAAGGCAAAUCCAGAUAUAAUUCCAUCCAUACUAACUUUAGCACUUAAUGAUGCCAUGACACAUGAUAAGGCAACAAAAACCGGGGGUCCCAAUGGAUCCAUACGUUUCAGCUCAGAGAUCAGCAGAACAGAAAAUAAGGGGCUUGAUGCUGCUUUAAAUUUGUUGGAGGAAUCAAAGAAGGUUAUAGAUUCAGAUUCCAAAGGUGGACCAAUCUCAUAUGCAGAUCUCAUCCAGUUUGCUGCACAAAGUGCAGUCAAAUCAACCUUUCUCGCUUCUGCAAUUAGCAAAUGUGGUGGUAACGUAGAGAAGGGAACUUUGUUGUACUCUGCAUAUGGCUCUAAUGGACAGUGGUUCCAAUUUGAUAGGACAUUCGGAAGGUCAGAUGCCCAGGAGCCUGAUCCAGAGGGGAGGGUGCCUCAGUGGGAUAAAGCAAGUGUGCAGGAAAUGAAAGACAAGUUCAAAGCUGUUGGCUUGGGCCCUCGUCAGUUAGCAGUAAUGUCUGCAUUCUUGGGUCCUGAUCAAGCUGCAACAGAGGCCCUGCUCGCCAGUGAUUCAGAAGUUCUUCCUUGGAUUCAGAAGUACCAAAGGAGCAGGGAAACAGUAUCUCGAACUGAUUAUGAAGUUGACUUGAUUACUACUAUUACAAAAUUAAGCAGUUUGGGACAAGUAAUAAACUAUGAGGCAUAUACUUAUCCUCCCAAGAAAAUUGAUGUUACCAAACUCAAGUUGUAGAAAGGUGGCAGCUGCAGUUUUUGCACUAUGAAUGCACCACGCACAACAGAGAUACAUCUGCUUACUGGUAAAGAUUUGCAGAUUACUAAAGUGAGAGGUUUGAGAGUUUUUUCCCACAAGAGGGGAUAGGAACUGUUUUCUUAGAACUGUAUUUACAAUUAGAUUUUUCAAUCACAGUGAUAUAUGCUGGUAUGUUGUAUCUGUAGAACCUCUUUAUGUAUUUUCCACCAACAGGAUCAUCCAUGCUUUAAUCAACAUCAUAUUUCAUUAGAACAGCAAA